CAAAACCAACCCCCACCACCUCAAUCAAAAUGCCUGCCCCCAACGUCGACGAGCCUAACCAGGGCAUUGUUGGUCAGAUCGGCAACUCCAUCGCCAACGCCGCCAACUACGUCUCCGAGACCAUCUCUGGCAACGCCGCCGAGGCUUCCAAGGAGGCCAACAAGCAGCAGGCCAAGGGCAACACCGCCGAUGACUCCAUCUCCGGCCGUGUCUCCGGUGCCAUGGGCGCUGCCUCCGACAAGCUCGACCAGCACUCCCACGAGGCCCAGGCCAAGGCCAACAAGGAGUCCAUCUAAGCGUAUCUUCCCUUCGCUAAGAUGACUUCUCAACUUCCUCACAACCUGCCACUAUCAUCGCCUCAAUGCUCGGACACAAGCAUAAUACCCUCUUCGGUUUCACCUUUGGCGGCUUGACAGCCACCGGAUCUUCUUACCCUGGAAGCUUCUUUUAUACCACACCUAUAAUCACCCGG